AUGGAGUUAGAAGAGGAGGUGGGAAUUUGCGAGAUUCUUGAUGAAGUUCAUGAACAUGGAGACGAGCUUGAUUCUUUACCUGAGUUGGUUCCUUUAAAUCUUGAGUGUGAUGAUUUUAGCUUCGUUGAUUUGAUUCAAUCUGAGCCAAACCACCUCUCUCAUGGACACGAACCUCUGCCUGACGAAGACGGCGCCGAAGUCGAGAGCUUGAGAGAAGAGUCAUUUAUGCAGAGCAUUGAUAGUCAAACUGCUGCUUCUCAAUCUGUUUUGCCUGGAGCAGAGUGGAACUUGAUGAUUGCCGGAGCCUUUGCGCAAUACAGAAACACGAACGAGAGCUUAAAACUACCUUGGGAGACUGGAGCUAUGGGCAGUGUGUUCAAACCUUCCGUUAGUCCAGUGCUGCCUGGUGCAAAUGCCCUAGUGGAGAACUCAGAAGUACGUGGCCCCGCAGUCGACAGAGUUGAGCAACCAUCGAGUGUGGACCUCAGUGUUCAGCUAGAUGCAUGCUACAUGGAAGCUAUUACUUGUACACAAGACUUGGAUUACUUCACGAGCAAACGCAUUGCUACAGAGAAAGCUUGUGGAAUUUGGUUGGAUCUGAUCGCCUGUAAUUGGAACGCAACAAAAAUUGGAGCCCAGAUUUGCAGUGAUCUUUGUGGGGACCCUAGUGGUGAAAGUGCUAUUGAAACAUUGAAGGCGUGUUUUGGCACCAAGAGUCCAAAUACUUUGUUGAAGCGUGCUUCAUCAUUGAAGAGAUUCUUCCAGUGGCAUUCCGGGUAUUGUAGAGAAAGAGAUGCUCACUUUGAGCCAAUUCCCCUGGCUGAAGAUGAUGUCUGGAAAUAUUUUCACUAUUUGCGAGCUGACCGUGUAGCAGAAGGGCGAGGCUACACUACGCCUGGAUCCUUCCUUGAAACAGUGAGGUUCACCAAAUUCACAGUUGGGUUGAAAGGUGCUGAAGAUGUCCUGGAGUCAGGGAGGCUGAUGGGUUUUGCAGCACUUGAACGACGUGAGAAAGGACCAACCCGCCAGGCUAGGUGCUGGCACUUUCCUUGA